AUGAUUAUCGGAGCGGGACUUUUCUUUGACUUGCUACGCAACGAGAAGAUCUACCUGGGAGAAAAUGGACCAGUAGCGCAGAACACCACCCUCGGCUGGAUUGUUUGUGGAAACUUGCCGGACAACUCGGACGUGCGAAGACCUCACGUUGCCAACACAUGUACGGAGAAACUGGAUGAACUUUUGACACGUUUUUGGGAGUUAGAGACGUGUAAAACGGACAGUGUUUUCUCAUUGGAGGAAUAUGCCUGCGAGAAGUUUUUCGAUCGCACUACGGUCCGAGAUGCAACAGGAAGAUUUGUAGUUACACUGCCCAAAAAGGAUUACCUUAUUCAACAACUCGGGGAUUCGAGGAACAUAGCCAUGAAGCGCUUCCUUUCACUCGAGCGCCGCCUUACUGCAGAUCCUGAGUUGAAACGGAUGUAUCGUGAUUUCAUUCACGAGUAUCUCCAAAUGGGACACAUGGAAGAAAUUGUUGGAGACGAAGAAAGUUCGGCCUUGCCGGAGUAUUUCAUUCCUCAUCAUUGUGUCAUCAAACUCGAUAGCACGACCACUAAACUACGGGUUGUGUUUGAUGCGUCGUGUCCCACAUCGAGCGGCCUCUCGCUGAACAACGCAUUGAUGGUAGGACCUACGGUGCAGGAUGACAUCAUCUCGAUCGUCCUCCGUUUUCGGUUCCACAGAAUCGCCAUAGUGGCAGAUGUGGAGAAAAUGUACCGCAUGGUACAGCAACAACUGGCUGAUAGAAGACUGCAUAAAAUCCUGUGGCGUGACAACCAGAACGAACCUAUUCGAGUGUUUCAGCUAAACACCGUCACAUACGGUACGGCAUCGGCACCGUAUUUAGCUACCAAGUGCCUCAAACGUCUAGCAGAACUAGAUGGGAACAAAUUCCCUGAAGCAGCCAAGAUUCUCUGCAAAGAUUUCUAUGUCGAUGACAUGAUGUCCGGUGUUGACGACGUACAGGAGGGAGUCAAGAUAUGCAGCGAUAUUCAGCAACUUUUGCAUGGCGGAGGAUUCAACCUUAGGAAAUGGAGCAGUAACUGUCCAGCGGUGUUGGAGAAUAUACCUAAGGAGCUUCAGGACGACCGAACAUCUUUCGAGUUGGACGAUUCUAGUGCAAUCAUCAAAACGCUGGGUCUCAUCUGGGAGCCCAGGUUGGACGUCUUUCGGUUCAAAAUACCGGAGUGGAACACAUCGGAAAUCUGUAAACGCACGGUCAUUUCUGAUUUAGCUCGAAUAUUCGAUCCGCUCGGGCUAAUCGGAACUGUGAUCGUUUCCGCAAAAAUAUUUGUCCAGAAUCUCUGGAAACAGAAGAUUUCGUGGGACGAACCGCUACCAAGUGAACUUCAAGCUCAAUGGCUGGAGUUCAGAACCAGCUUAUCGCAGCUUGGCAACUUGCAGAUUCCGAGGUGGGUUGCCUUCAGAAAGGAUUGCCUUUCGAUGGAGCUCCACGGCUUUUGCGACGCGUCCAUGAAAGCCUAUGGAGCCUGUUUGUAUGUGCGAUGCACCCACUUCGAUGGCACCAUCACGUCCAACCUACUAGUCGCAAAAUCAAGAGUCGCGCCGCUGUCCGAAGUAGAGAAGAAACGAAAGAAACUCACGAUUCCCCGCUUGGAGUUGUCCUCUGCUGUAUUACUGGCUCACCUCUACGAAAAAACGUCUGCUAGCCUCACGAUUUCAACGCAGUCGUACUUUCAUACCGAUUCCAUGAUCGUUCGGUAUUGGUUGUCUUCUCAACCGUCACGAUACCAGAUGUUCGUAGCAAACCGAAUAUCGGAAGUACAACACCUCACGAGGACCGGUACGUGGCGACAUGUUGCCGGUACAGAGAACCCUGCGGACGCCCUCUCUCGCGGUAUUCCAGCAGCUGAACUGAAGCAGGACUCGUUGUGGUGGUAUGGACCAAGUUGGCUGCGAGAAGAUAAGGAUUGUUGGCCCAAAACACAAGAAGUGCUCCUGGAAGACCUGGAGAAAUCGUAUCUCGAAGAGGGAUCUGUGGUCGCGUCUGUUGCUACAAUACCAGAACCCAGUGAGAUCUUCAGCCUGCGAUCUACUCUACACCGCUCGGUAAAACUAGUAGCGUAUUUGCUACGAUUCAAGCACAAUGCACUUCGUACUCGCGACAACUGUAGGAGAACUGGACCACUGACCCUGAAGGAGCGGGAAGAAGCAUUAAUGCAGUUGGUGAAGUUGUCACAAUGGGAGUGUUUCGCUCGAGAUAUAGCUGAAUUAGAACGUCACGGGGAAGUGCGGUCGACCUCUCGCAUUCGUACGCUUCAUCCGCAAUGGGUUGAAGGCGUACUCCGGGUCGGCGGCCGGCUUGAAAAUGCCCGCAUAUCGAUGGACCGGAAACAUCCUAUUCUCCUAGACAAAAACCACCCUCUAACUUCCAUGAUUAUGCGACACUACCACUAUGAACACCUACACGCGGGCCCGCAACUGUUGGUGGCCAGUGUACGAGAACGAUUCUGGUCGCUCAGUGCCCGUAGUCUCGCCAGGAAGAUUAUACACAGGUGCAUCACCUGUUUCCGCAGCAAGCCAACAUCACAAGAUCAACUGAUGGCCGAUCUGCCGGCCGAACGAGUUACUCCAGCUCCGCCAUUCUUGCGAGUUGGGAUCGACUAUUGCGGACCUUUUGUUGUUCGCUAUCCGAAUCGAACGAAAAUCUCCGUGAAACACUACGCCGCAAUUUUUGUCUGCCUUGUCACGAAGGCGGUCCAUAUCGAAAUGGUUUCCGAUCUCACAACCCAAGGAUUCUUGGCUGCGUUGAAGAGAUUUGUUGCUAGGCGAGGGAAACCAGCGAUGAUCAUGUGUGAUAAUGGGACAAACUUCGUGGGUGCUCGACGGGAGCUUGAUGAGCUCGCUACGCUGUUCAAAAACCAGCAUUCCCAGCAGUCUAUUGCGGGAGGUGCAGCGGACAUCGGAAUUGAAUUUAAAUUCAUUCCAGCCAAAUCUCCAAACUUUGGCGGCUUGUGGGAGGCGGCUGUCAAGUCGAUAAAACAGCAUCUGCGGAAAACAAUCGGUUUGAAAUCUAUCACGCCCGAAGAGUUGAACACGGUGUUCGCGCAAGUCGAAGCAUGUCUUAACUCAAGACCGAUUACUCAAAUGAGCAGUGAUCCUAGCGAUCUCAGCGUGCUAACCCCUGGACAUUUCCUUGUCCAGCGACCACUGACAGCGGUAGCAGAACCGUCGCUACGAGAUGUUCCAGAAAAUAGGCUAUCCAGGUGGCAGCAGGCUCAGAACUUUGUUCAACGGAUCUGGUCCAGAUGGUCAACCCAAUACCUGUCAGAUCUACAUAACAGGACCAAGUGGACGCAGCGGAGGAACAACUUGUUCAUCGGGACGAUGGUCCUAAUCAAGGAGGACAAUCUGCCACCUCUUAGGUGGCUUCUCGGACGAGUAGCUCACAUUCAUCCGGGUGCUGAUGGGAACGUCAGAGUUGUCACCAUCAGGACAAAGGACGGGAGCAUUGUCCGGGCAGUCUCGAAAAUAUGUAUCUUGCCCUUCAAAGAAAACGAAGAACCGCAGCCCGCUGGGGAGAACUAG